AUGAGUGGCCGCGGAAAGACCGGAGGCAAAGCCAGAGCCAAGGCAAAGACCCGCUCCUCCCGAGCUGGACUCCAGUUCCCAGUCGGUCGUGUUCACAGGCUGCUGCGUAAAGGAAACUAUGCGCAGCGCGUGGGAGCCGGAGCCCCCGUGUACCUGGCUGCUGUGCUGGAGUAUCUGACCGCUGAGAUCCUGGAGCUGGCUGGAAACGCCGCACGAGACAACAAGAAGACUCGUAUCAUCCCCCGUCACCUGCAGCUGGCUGUCCGCAACGACGAGGAGCUCAACAAGCUGCUGGGCGGAGUGACGAUCGCUCAGGGCGGCGUGCUGCCCAACAUCCAGGCGGUCCUGCUGCCCAAGAAGACCGAGAAGCCCGCCAAGGCCAAGUAGACCCAACACCUCCCUUUACACAACCACAACGGCUCUUUUAAGAGCCAAACACUUCUCACAAAGAGCUCUGAUUUUCAUGUAUCUCCAGUGGGAAAUAUUCUGUUCUAUAUCAUGCCUCCAAAAAGUUUAUUUAUUUAUUUAUUUUU